AUGUCCGACGACGAGUUCAUGAUGGAUGAUGCUGCGGAUGAUGAGGAGUACGACUUUGAUUAUGACGACGACGAUGAUGGCAUGGACGAUGACGGCGGAGACGAGGAGAACCAAUACUACAGGGCCAAGGCGCUGAAGGACGACGACUCGGAGGCGGCACUUAUCGCGUUCCGCUCAAUAGUCAAUGGGCAGGACCAGAAGGGAGAAUGGGGCUUCAAAUCUCUAAAGCAGAUGACGAAAAUGAACUUCUUACAUCUACAUCGCCCCGAUGAGUCCCUCAAGACGUACCGCGAGCUCCUGACGUACACGAAGAACAGCGUGACGCGAAACUAUGCGGACAAAUCGAUCAACAACAUCCUCGACUACGUCGCGGGGGAAGGCAAACACGCCGCCAUCUCGCCGAAGAUCCCGCUGGAUACGCUCGAAGAGUUCUACGAAGCGACGCGCGUAGCAUGUGAAGAGGCCAAGAACGAGCGCCUCUCGACCAAGUCGAACCUCAAGCUCGCAAAGCUCUGGCUUGAUCGCAAGGAGUACGCGCGUCUCCAACCUAUUCUGAAGGCGUUGCACGAGGUGUGCGACCCGAGCGAGACGUCUUCCGCCGAUGACCAGACGAAGGGCUCGUUGUUGCUUGAACUUUACGCCAUCGAGAUCCAGAUGUACAGCGACCUGAAAGAGACGCGGAAGCUCAAGGAGAUCUACAACGCCUCGAUGAAGGUCCGCAACGCCAUCCCGCACCCUCGCAUCAUGGGUGUCAUCCGCGAGUGUGGCGGCAAGAUGUGGAUGAUGGAGAAGUCUUGGGACAAGGCGUCGACGGACCUCUUUGAGUCCUUCCGACAAUAUGACGAGUCUGGUUCUCCGCAGCGCAUCCAGGUGCUCAAGUACCUCGUCUUGACCUACAUGCUCAUGGGGAGUGACAUCAACCCCUUUGACUCCCAAGAGACCAAACCGUACAAGAACGACCAGCAAAUCAUGGCUAUGACGGCGCUUGUGGCUGCUUAUCAGGACCGCGACGUUAAGCAGGCAGAGCGAAUUCUGAAAGCCAACGCGGCGACUAUCACGUCGGACCCAUUCAUCCGUUUCUUCAUCAAUGACCUCCUCUGGACACUCCGGACAAACUACAUCGUCGACAUGAUCAAGCCGUACACACGGUUGAACCUUGACUUCUUGGCGGAGACGUUAAGCCUCUCCAAGCGCGAGGUGGAAACCCUCAUCGUGUCACUGAUUCUUGACGGCCGCAUCAAGGGAAAGAUUGACCAGGUCGCGGGAUACAUCGUGUUGGACCGGUUCCACGCGGAGAAGACUGCCAAAUACGACGAGCUGUUGAAGCAGGCAAACACGUUGACAAUGUUGUCGUCACGCAUCAUCAAAGACAAGGUGGCGAAGGAGUCGGCGCGCGGGUGGAUGACGAACGUUGAGGGCUUUGUUCCAUGA